AAGGGGUGACAGCUUUGGUGUCGUGUGGCUGAGCUGCGUGGUGGCCCAGAGGGGAGGGGAGAGGAGAGCAGAGGAGGAGGGGGUGGUGCUGUCAGUGGAUGUUUUGGUGUCAGACCGUACCUGGUGCCAGCUGCAGGAAGGGCUGAGGUACACGCUGCUCUGGCUGUUCCUGCUGCCUGGGUCAGACUCCUUCUACGUGCCUGGUGUGGCUCCCAUCAACUUCCACCGCAACGAUCCUGUGGAAAUAAAGGCUGUGAAGCUCACCAGCUCCAGAACGCAGCUGCCCUACGAGUACUACUCCCUGCCCUUCUGCCAGCCCACCAAGAUCACCUACAAGGCUGAGAACCUCGGCGAGGUUCUGCGGGGGGACCGAAUUGUGAACACACCUUUCCAGGUUUCCAUGAACGUGGAGAAGAAAUGUGAAGUCCUGUGCAACCUUCCCAACAAGCCAGUCACCCUGACAGUGGAGCAGAGCAAGCUGGUGGCCGAGCGCAUCAGGGAGGAUUACUACGUCCAUCUCAUUGCUGAUAACCUCCCUGUGGCAACACGGCUGGAGUUUUAUUCCAAUCGUGAGGAAGAGGAGAAGAAGAAGGAGAAGGAUGUGCAGUUUGAGCACGGCUACAGGCUCGGCUUCAUGGAUGGUAACAAGUUCUACCUGCACAACCACCUCUCCUUCAUCCUUUACUACCACAGAGAGGAUGUGGAAGAGAGCCAGGAGCCCACCUACAGGGUCGUGCGCUUUGAAGUGGUUCCCCAAAGCAUCAAACUGGAAGACCUGAAGGCUGAUGAGAAGAGCACGUGCACCCUGCCCGAGGCCACGGGCUCUGCCCCGCAGGAGAUCGAGCCCUCCAGGGAGAACCAGCUGCUCUUCACCUACUCUGUCCACUGGGAGGAGAGUGACAUCAAGUGGGCCUCCCGCUGGGACACCUACCUGACCAUGAGUGACGUGCAGAUCCACUGGUUUUCCAUCAUUAACUCAGUCGUGGUGGUCUUCUUCCUUUCAGGCAUUCUCAGCAUGAUCAUCAUCCGCACCCUCCGGAAGGACAUCGCCAACUACAACAAGGAAGAUGACAUUGAAGAUACCAUGGAGGAAUCUGGCUGGAAACUUGUGCAUGGAGAUGUCUUCAGGCCUCCACAGUAUCCUAUGAUCCUCAGCUCUCUCCUGGGUUCUGGAAUUCAGCUCUUCUGCAUGAUCCUGAUUGUCAUCUUCGUGGCCAUGCUGGGGAUGCUGUCGCCCUCCAGCCGGGGCGCGCUGAUGACCACUGCCUGCUUCCUCUUCAUGUUCAUGGGGUAG